AUGAUAGUGCCAGCGCCGCAGUCCCUGCCCGUGGUGCCGGUCCGUGCGUCAGUGACUCCUCACAGACGCCGGUACACCUACUACAACAAGAUGUUCGCCCCAAUAACGUACACCCUGCCGUCACCGCUCACCAAUCUCAAGGAUUCAUAUUUCAGAAAACAACUUGCGCAACGUAUACAAUAUGAGUUUCCGGGAAUUACUGAAGAAAAAGUCAAGGAGUUAGUUCCGAACAAAUCAAAUGUUAGUUAUAUGGAGUUAGUGCUUCACUCUGGAGACACUGCAGGAGUGUAUGUGAUGGAUGGAGUACCCAUCAUGAUCGAUCUCGGUGAAAGUUUGAUCCCAACUGUCUGUGCUCUGUGGAAAGCCCCAGAUUUGGUGCCCAUUAUUUGUAUACACACCCCAGUUCUAAGUAAGAUCCAAGGAGGGGCCCCUCUGUAUGUUCCUGGUGUGAACACUCACGGUCAGUUCCCCCAGUAUCCUUCAGGAGCAUUGGUAGCUGCUUGUACCGGGGACAAUGCCGCUGCCUGUAUAGUUGGACGAGCCACAAUAUCCUCCUCUGAACUACUGAGAGACAGAAUGGGUGUUUGUCUGGAAAUCCUUCAUGUAUUUGGGGAUCAAUUGUGUAAAGAAAAGAAAUUUGUGAAAAUAGAGAGACCCAAACUAGAUCCUGGAUCCUACAACAUAACUGAACUUUUGACUAAUGAGAUCAAUAAGUUAAACAUUCAACCAGUCAAAGACGAAUGGCCAAGUCUAGUGAAGACAGAGUCUGCUCCCAUCAAUGAACCGGCAGUCAUUGUUGACUCAGUCCCUGAAACAAUUACAAAUGUAUCACAAGACGAGGAAAAUAAUGACCUCAAUAAUACAGCAGAGUCAGAUGUAUCAUGUGAAGUCUCAAUCCCGGGUGACAUGGACGGUCUCCUUCGUUGGUGUUUGCUUUCAUUUCUUAAACUGGAGACUAAACAUGUUGAACUGCCGCUCAAGACGAACUUAUUAUACAAGAACCACCUCAUGCCGCUGUGUCCGUCCGACCGAACCUUAGAUGUUAAGAAGUCGAGCUUCAAGAAGAUGGGCAAGUUUCUGGAGGCCAUGCAACGGGAAGGCCUCAUCGAAGUCCGCGAGAUAGAGAAGGGAGUGGACGCCCUAGUGUCCGUGGCGACCUCUCACCCCCUCGUGACGUCACACCGCGCGGUCCGGAGGGCGGUGGGGGGGACGGCUGGCGGGGAGAGGGGGGCCGAGGACGAAUACGUGCCGCCCACCAUCAGGGAACUGUACUGUAUCACGGCCAACGUCGUGGACUUAUUCCAGCCUCUCAAGAAAGGCACGCCGUUGUCUGCGAGCGAGGUCCGCGUCACACUGACCGAGUACAUCAAGAGUCACGAGCUGGUCGCGCCACAACGCGGGUCAGUCGUACUGGACGCGACGCUCGCUAAGGUCACCGGGAGACGGCCGGAGGAGGUGAUGAAACGCGAGGAGGUAAUGUCGUGCGUCCUCGCGCGUAUGACGGCAGCCACUGAAACGUGCUUCGCCGACGGCACCCAACGCCUCAGUAAAGUGCGCCUGCAACCCAUCAGCAUGCAGGUCGUCAUGCGCAGCGGGAACAAGAAGGUAACUCUGGUUUCCAAUCUUCAAGACUACGGCCUGGAGCUUUCCUGCCUGACUCGCCAGUGGCAGGCAGGGGCAGGCGCGGCUUGUGGAGUCACACGCUCACCGGGCAGCAAACAUGAUCAGCUCAUGAUACAAGGGGAUCAGACUCAUUUUGUGGCUAAGAUGCUGAUAGAGAAGUAUGGGCUGCCCAAGAAGUUCCUCGAGGGAGCCGACAAGGCCUUGAAUAAGAAAAAGUAA